UUCCUUAAAGCCCCAACUGGAGGUGGAGGGGAAAAUAAUUCCGUCAUUACCGAAAACCCUCUUUAGGGCCACAGAGCCACAUCCUGAGCGGAUGCAAAUCAGGCUAGUUCCCUUGGAGGGUCUGGCCUGUGGUGUCGGUUUCUAGAAUCAUGAACAUGUGGCAGUUGGAUUAGAUUUUCCAUUACCUGCUGUCAGAGCUCAGAGGCCAUCCCAUGUUUCUAGAGCUGUAAAUGCCUUUGUGACCCAAGGACCUCCUUGAUGCCAACUGGUGGGGGGCAUAUGGGUUACAGGGAUCCGGUGGGGGUUAGCUCACCAAAGAGUGUCAGGACAUGUGUGCCACUGAAGCAGCAGAGUCACUCCUACGAUCAGAAGAAACCUUCUCUGCAUGUCUCGCGCGUAUCAAUACCAUCGUUCUCGAGCCCCUGCUCCAGGCGGAGCCUCAUGAGCAGAAAGGAAAGGAUAACUUGAAACUGUUGCUGCUUUUGAACGACCGCUUCCACGCUCUCUGGGACCUGACCGAGGAAAACCACCGGACGCUGAAAGAGAAGUUCAGCAUCUCCCCGUCGCUCUGCCUCCAAGACCUCUACAUCCUGUGGAAGGGAGACCUGUUUCUCAGUAUCUAUAUCCAAUACUUCGUCACCUUUGCAAACUGCGUUGUAGUCCAGGGCUUUGACCAGGCGGCAAAGAAUAAAAGUGAAUUCUGGAAGACACACAAGACAGCACUGAAGCAAUUCCUUGCAGACUUCACUUCUGAGACAUCCAUUCCGGUGGCCCUGCAUACAGUACUCCAUAAACCUCUCCGGGAUCACGUGCAGCAAUAUGCCCUCAUCCUUACCAGGCUCAGCGAGGCCAUUGGCAAGUGCCCUGACCAAGAACUCGUCACCAGUGUGGCCAAGCAAUAUGCCAAACUGCAGUCUUUCAUUAGCCAAGUCCUGGAUGAAGCCUGCCUGACCAAAGCCCUGUGGAAGUCCUUGGGAAACAAACUCACGGAGUGGCUCUGUGUUCCUGAGCGCAGGCUGCUGGAAGACAGCAAAAACCUUCCGAUCUUCGCCAGCGUGGGCCGAACCAAUCGGGUUCUGCUCUUUGAUGACAUCCUAGUGCUGAUUCAGGGGAACAACUGCCAGAGUUUUGAUCUGAAGCUUGUGUGGGUCGAUGGAUCCGGCACUGAAAAGCCAGACACAGAGAACAGGCAUGUGCUCCAUAUCGUCACACCAGAAGAAGCAUUCUUCCUCUCUGCCAAAGAGCUACAGAGGAAGGCAGUCUGGCAAUGGAAGCUGAAUCAAGCCGUGCGCCAGGCACUGAAUGGGAAGAGAGAUUUCCCCUUGUGGGGUGAGGCCGGGGAGGGAAGCGAGCCUCCUUUCCAUCGCUGCUUCAAGUACGUCUUCCGAGCAGAGGGUAGAUUCAAGAACGCCGCGUACGAAGGUGAAUGGUACUGGGGGAAACCACAUGGCAAGGGGACACUGAAGUGGCCUGAUGGCCGAAACCAUGUUGGGGAUUUCAAAGAGGGCCUGGAACAUGGGUUUGGAAUCUGCCUUAUCCCACUCAUCUCCGAGGACAAGUAUGACUGCUACAAAUGCCACUGGUGUGAAGGCAAAAUGCGAGGCUAUGGAAUCUGUGAGUAUGGAAAUGAGAUGGUUUACAAAGGGUACUUUAACGAUAAUCUGCGUCAAGGAUUUGGCAUCCUGGAAAACCCUUCAGCGGAGCAGCCAUUUAAGUACACAGGGCAAUGGGAUAAUGACAAGAAGAAUGGAUAUGGAGUCUGGGAUGACAAGGACAGAGGGGAGAGGUACAUUGGGAUAUGGCAAGAUGACCACAGGCAUGGACAAGGCAUUGUGGUGACCCAGUCAGGCGUGUGCUACCAAAGAAUGUUUCAUGUGGAUAAAAUGGUGGGUUCCGGGAUUCUCCUCUUAGAAGAUGACUCUGUUUAUGAAGGCAACUUCACAAGAGAUCUGACAUUUGUUGGAAAGGGAAAGCUGACCUUUUCCAAUGGCUUCACUCUGGAGGGCACCUUUAGUAACAAAUCAGGCCAAGGGCUUCAGACGCAAGGAAUCUUGAACACUUCCGGCGACCAGCAAGAUGCCUCAAUAACCAAAGUUCAGCUGGGUCUUGAUGAGUUCCCGGUGGAGAAGAGAUGGCAGGGUAUCUAUGACCAGUUCCUGGAUUUCCUCCACUCUGGCUGCAAAGAAGAAAUGGAGGAGUCCUUCACCGGGUUCCAUAUACAGACAAGCAAGGAGUUGCGCAAGUCUCAGGAGUACCUCUUCUGCCUAAGGGGGCCAGAGGAUGUCUCUGGGAAGAUAGAAGAUGUCCUUGAAGAACUAGUUCAGCAUCGGGAGGUGGAGUCGCUCCAGUGUUAUUUACAAAAGGCUUUUAAGUCUUCCCUGCACCCGCUAGGAAAGCUGUUGAAGGCCCUGACGUUCGCUUUUCAGGCUACAUACUCUGGGAUCGGGGCAAACAAACACCUACUGAACAUGGCCCAAGAGGAGGUCAAGUACUAUGCCAAGAAAAUAUGGGAGUUUUACCAGGGUUUACUACAUCUGGCCUUGGAGCAGAAAGGCCAACCGCUGGCAAAGACAGAAGAUGGAGAGAAAAGUGACCUGAAUGCAUACGGAGUGAUUCUGCCUCUGAUCCUGCCCUGUUUCUAUCCGGAGCUCUUCAUGCUGUACAUGCUCUAUCAUGAGAAGGAAGACGAUCUCUACUGCCAGGGGAUUGUGGACCUGAGUUUAUUUCCUGACAUUAAGCUGCUAGAAUUCCUGGAUGUACAGAAACACCUGUGGCCCCUCAAAGAUCUCACCCUAACGACCAAUCAGAGACGUUCUCUUAUCAAAGACAAGUGCUUCCUUUCUGCUACGGAAUGUCUGCAAAAGUUGAUCACUACUGUGGACCCCCGGGAAAAGCUGGAGAUCCUUCAGAAGACCUAUGAGGAGAUAGAGAGCACUGUGUCACGAGUAGUGGAGAGGGACUAUAAACUCCCAAUGGAUGACCUCUUGCCGCUGUUGAUGUAUGUUGUAUCGCGGGCCAGAAUACAACAUCUAGGAGCUGAGAUACAUCUGAUCAGAGAUUUGAUGGACCCUACCAAUGAAGGAGGGAUGUAUGACUUUCUGUUAACAGCACUGGAGUCGUGUUACGAGCACAUUCAAAAAGAUAUGAGGCUGCAUCAAAGGGAGAGCUGGUAUGUGUCACGUGAUCCUUGACCUUCACAAUCAAGAGACAUCUUGUUCAUGCACUUUGAUGACUGUACACUGUUAGGAGAUGAGAAGGGAAUUGAGUCACUGCUGUUCUAGUUCACUUUCUAAUGGGAAGAAUGUUUGUUUGUUUUUUUCUAGACCCAGGCUUUUUUUAAAGUACAAAACAGCUAGUGUCUGGACUUGUGGUGAUGCUUGCAGUCUACAAGGAGCAAGAUCCCUCCUCAACCUCUCUAACAUCUUUUGCCUUUGACAAAACAUAGCCCUGCACUGCUCUGACAUGAAUAAAGCAAAAUCUGGUUUUUAUGAUAUCAUGCAUAAAAUUACAGCCCAACUAUAACAAUCACAGCUGGAUAUUGAUGUUAAAUCUUCAAUUUUCAGCUAGUGUUCUGUGCAAACCCCUGCUUCCAUUUUUCAGAAUAAACCAUUUUUGUGGCCUUUGCCAAAAACUUCCCACCCUGCAGAUUAAUCCUAUUUUUCUGCAUUUUACAAGUCUGCCUCUGCUCCAUGACCUCAUUUAACUUCCUCCUGUUUUGUUGUUUUGCAUUUAUUUUGCAAGGCCAAAAUAUCCUGGGGUGGAUGUUUUUAUAAAAAACCUUAAAACCAAAGUGUGACUAAUCUGCUUUGCCUGCAUGGUCCUGUCUGAUGGAAUCAGCUGCACAGAGAGAGGCAAUUCUUUUCCAUUUCCCCCCCAAUAACCUCUUCCCGGAGAAGUGGAGAUGCGGAGUGACGAAUCUUGCCCCAUUGUCCUUGCUAGACAUGCCAAGCCAAAUCCCCUCUGCGCCAUCACUGUCGCAUUUUAAAGCUGCUAUUGACUAACUUGAUUUUUAGACUACUUCAAUUGUAAAUUAUCAACAUUUUUACACCCUGCUGAAUCCUUCAAUCUCAGGGAUGUUACUGUGUAAACUUCCAUGCCUUGUUGCAGAUCAGGGCCACUCCGUUCACCUGGCAUACAUGGCACCAGGGGAACUAGAAUUGCCUUGCACUGUAAGACCUCUGAAACGCUGCAAAGCAAUUUAAUCAAAAACAAAUGUGGUUCUGCACUAUGGGUCCUGUGGAAAAGCCGGGAUCUACUUAAAAUGGUCUUUAGGUGCUGACAUUCUACCCUACUGACUCAAUGGGUUGUAAAUAAGACAGACUCUGACCCUAUUAUUUCUGUGGUGGUUUUUUUAAUUAAAAAGGUAAACUGUAUCUAAAUGUUGCACUCAAACUGAAUACACUAAAUAUGGAUGUCUGUCUGGGGUUCAUAUGAGAACAAAAGCUAUAGAAUUUAGAGUAAUUUAACAGUGGGUUUUAACUUAUGUUUUUUUAAGAUAUGGGCCAGGCUGAUAUUGUAACUACAUAAAACUAUAGAGUGCACCUAAUUAUCACAAGUAUGUUUUAAAGAGUACACUGGAUGCAAUUGUUAAUAUAUUGAUUUGGGGCUGUGUGUUUUUUUACAGUAACUUUUGUAUUUAAAUAAAGCUGUUACCUUUUGUUUUAAA